AUGCGUGCACACAUCCAAAUUGAUAAAUCGAAAGCUCGAUACAUGUUUGGUAUUAUUGAUGAGUAUGAUGUACUUGAGUAUGGUCAAGUGUUUGUUCAAUAUUCGAAUAUGGAUUCAAAAAACUUACUCAAUACGACAGUAUUAACAGGACCAGUUACAAUCACAAAAAAUCCUUGUCAUCAUCCUGGCGAUUUGAGAACGUUCAAUGCCGUCGAUCGGCAAGAAUUAAGACAUUUACAUGAUUGCAUUGUUUUUCCAGCAAAAGGGCCGAGACCAGAUCCAAACGAAAUUGCAAGAUCGGAUCUCGACGGGGACGAAUACACAGUAAUUAAGGAUGAAGAUUUAGUACCAUUAAUGACAGAAAAUGCUAUGCCGUAUGAUUACGAUGCUGGAAUUAGACAAGAAAAGUUAGAUCGUCCAAUAACAAAAUCUGACAUUAUUGGUGUUGUUUUAAAUAUUUGUGAACAAGACAAUAUUGGACGAUUAAGUAAUUUGCAUUUGGCAUACUCGGAUAAAAAAGGUCUUGAUCAUCCAGAAACUAUUUUAAUAGCAGCUGGUAUUAGUAAGGAAGUGGAUGCUGUUAAAACUGGGUAUCAUCCAUAUACAGAAUAUGAAAUUAUACAAUUAAACAAAGCACUUGGCAACGAAAGACCAGACCAUAUGGAAUGCAAAAGUUAUAAAUCAUAUCCAUCAAAAACAAUUUUAGGUAUGCAAAACAAUAGCAACACUAUUAGAUUGAGAUACUAA